AUGACGACGAUGAAGGAAAGGACGACGAUACUCUCGGGAUUGUUGUUGUUCUCUUUACUAUUUUUGACGCAUGCGUUUGUCUCUGUUCGCGCGGCGCCGUUGAAGCACUUGUUGCACUCCGAGACGACACCGGUGGCCUCGGUGCACGCUUCGACGAGGCGUCGUCAGCUUUCGGCGUUGGACGAUUUGGAAAAUUACUUUUGGCACGGAUCAAGACUUGCCAUUGGGGCUCCUAUUGGAAGACGAAUUGAGUUUUUGUCGAGAUGCGUGCGCGAGUGCGAUUCGAUGGGAUACGCGUGCGCGGGUUUCACGAAAGAGACGCAAACUGAUUAUUGCACACUCGUCGGGCGCGGGGCUGGUUUGAAGCAAGCAGCAGAAAGCGACUUUUACAGGAAGAAAGAAGUUCCAUCUGCCACGACGUGGAGUAUUCACGAUCAGAGGAUGGUAAACAAUCCCUCCGUGUACGCUUGGCGGCCGGUGAAUGGUACGAUUCCGUACAUGCAGAAUCUUUGCGCGGCAGAUUCCAUGUGUCAAGGCUUUUACACCUGCUCGGACACGGUGAAUACCACGGAACUCGCGGUUGCAAUCGAUCCGACUCUCGGUCAGUCCGCGCAAGAUUUGACGGUUUUAUUUAACGACGCUCGAGGGUUUGCCAACGCGACAUGCAUGAAUACCAUGGUGGCUAUACACGCCGAGUUUGACCUCGGUAACGGCGACGGGGAUUACACGGAUCUUGAUGCUUCUUUGAAACCAAUAUUCGGUGUUCCCAGUAAUGGGAUGUUACUCUCUGGCGUUCCGCGUCAGGAACAGUUGCUUCCGAACACAGAAAUGGUAGUUUAUUCGCGCGGAAUAAAAACGUGCGGUGGCACCGCAAACGGCGCCUUUUGCAAAUUUCCGUUUACGACGGAUACCUCGCGUCUCCUUCGCGACGUUUCCAUUGAAUUUUUCGAACCAACUGUCGAGGGUGACUCGCGUCCGUGGUGUUACACCACUACUCCCGGGAAAUGGGGCUACGUUGACUGUUACGGAAACGAUCCAAUGGGUGCGAGAUGGGAAAUCACGCCAUGGAGCGAUUGUACAGUCGAGUGCGGCGGCGGCCUUCGCACGCGCUCAGCUUUGUGUUUGAACAGCACAACUGGUGCUGAACUCCCGCGCUAUCGCUGCGGUAAAAUGCCUGAAAUCUCUGAAACAUGCAACACGCAAUCUUGCAAUUUGAAAUGUGGGAUGCCGCUCGAAAAUCGCGUGCAAUGCGCGCCGUAUUUCGAAGAUCCCCGAUCGGGAUACUUCUCUGAAACGAUACGUAAGGCUACGUGUCAAGAAUACGGAUGCUGCUGGGCGAACGAUGAUAAAAGUAGAGGCUAUCAGUGCUACAAAGACAGAGCAGAUAUCCUCGACGGAGCUGGUCUGGGCUGUUUGAUUGAUAAACCACCCUCGUGCGCAACUUUUGAAGAAUACAACCGCACGACAAGUGACAUGAUUUCGAUGUGCGGCGACUCGUGUUGCCGAGAGAAAACAGACACUUCAAAUAGCAUCCCUUGUGGAUGGUUCGUCGGCUACGCGCUACCGGGAAAACCAAACCCGUGCGGUAGAUACGAAGACGCAAUUCGCGCGGCGAAUAAUCCCACGAUUCCUUCGGAAGAUAUGACGAAAUGGAUAAAUGUUGGUCUCGAUAAGUCGAUCAGCGAUUCAAAGUGUUAUCCGCUUGUCGCCGGGGAAGCGGGAUCGCUGCGCGACUGUCAAGCUAAGUGUACGGCUCGAGAGCACUGCAACACGGUGAAUUGGCACGAAAGAAAUACCAUGUGCAAACAGUACAUGUGUUUAAAGCAAAUUGGAAUGCGUACGAACGAUGUACUUGGGUAUGAAAUAUACACCUGGAUUACUUCAAAAGCGAGCGAAGUUUGCGCCAGGGCGAAUUCGCUUUGCUUUGCAUUUCACGUCGGCGCUUGGGGCGAAUGCUUGAACAUGCCAAAUUUUACUUCGGACUGGAGAUUUACACCUCCGACGAAAUGGUCCGAUUGCGAACUAGUUAAAAGUCGCCCGGUCGUUUGCAAGGGUUCGGACGGUAAAACGUAUCCCGAUAGUUUUUGCAUGACGGCAGGUCGCGGUAAGCCGCAAAAGACAUCUAUUUGCUUCGGCUCCUGUGGAUUCAACAGAACGUGUGACGAACUCGCAUGGCACAGUCGCAAGAGAGUUUCGCAAUGUAAAAGCAAGCGUGAAUGUGGUUACGUCGGCUCUUACACGUCGUGCGGCUCGAUGUCUGUUCUCGGUCAAUACGCCGCACACAGGAUGCCGGACUAUAAUUUUCUCGGAUGUCAUGGACAGACCUAUGAUAAUGGCGAAUUGCGUUACUAUCCUCCCAGGCCGGAUCCGUAUGGAACGCAAAGACAUGGGGGGGCAAAAGACGCGACAACGUAUUAUAGCCAGCGCACCCACAGUGACAUUGGUCAACAAUGCUCUGAUAUGGGCGCGCGGCUGUGCAGUUUGGAUGAGUUGCUCUCCGGGCAACCGCACUACUUCGAUAAGAACAAGAUGUACAAACGAAGUUGUGGGUAUGGACGCACGUUCUGGUCGUCAACACCGUGCGGUCCAGGUAACCAAGGCUUUUUUACCGCAGCAAUAUACGAGAACGGGCAAAAUCUUGGAAAGCAGUGCGCGCUGCCAGAUGAAUUACACAACAUGGCGUGCUGCUCGAACUGGAAUUUGACUUUGACGAAUUUCACGAGAGAAGUUGAACAAAAUCGCCUCUUCAGAAACGUCUCGCUCGGGAAUUAUCAUUAUUGUAAGAAUACCGUGGGAUAUACAACUACUAAUCCGGCAACGCCGUGCGGAGCCUACGAAGGGCACUGCCGGAACGAUAUGGACUGCCAAUUUGGCACAAAGUGUGCUAUGCUUGCUGCAUCUAAAUAUGGCAUGAUUGAUGGAGGAAGCGCGUGCAUCCCGACGUAUAACGAGCAGCAAAUCGAGUUUUGGCCGAAAACGCUGUUUCUGAAUAUACCCACUGAUAUGCUGUUUUUAGAGCGAGGAAGAAUUGAAAUACCGGAUAAAUCAAACGUGAGAAUAGUUUCUGGGAUGAAUCCUGGUUGCAUGGGCGUCUGGGAUCGUUCGGCGAUAAUUAUCGCUGAAACAUCAGUUCCUUUGUUUAAACGGGACAAACACGACUUUUAUAUUCCCGGCGAGGAUGUUGAAUCGACGAAGAACACGCAACCUUAUCUCGAGUGGAAGAAUAUCAACAUCGAUAAGCGCUACCUCCUCGAUACUGGUUUCGAAGAGGUUUUCGCGCAGGUGUGCCUUUGCGACGAAGCUUUGGAUUGUUUCACUCCCGAGAAUUGGCACGAUCUUGGCAGUUUGGUCAUCGAACCCGUGAGUACGUCUGGAUUUUUUGCGCCUCUUGGGAGCGGAAACGUCGUAGGUUUCGGAUACGAUCUCUUCAAAACGUUCGAAGCGGCGACGAUUGAACAGUAUUAUCCAGACAUGGUGCGCCUCAAACGCUUCGAUUUGAGAAAUUUUUUGCACAAAGAAUUUUGUGCGCAGCAGUGUCAGAAAGACCCUCUUUGUAUUGGAUACGAUUGGGUUAAAGAUGAUCCAUCUAACGGGCUCACGUACUCGUGCAGAUUUCGUGCGGAGGGUUUCAAACUUCAUAAAUUAACUGACUCGGGUGCCGCCUAUCAGUUCUACAUGAAAACAGAACCUAGGCGCGAGCAAUGGGAUUGGUUCCCGUACUUGACCAACGUAGGUUUGAAAUCAUCAGACAUUCCCGAAUAUUUGACUGGACACAAUAAUUGGGAAAGUUCUUACGUUCCUCCUUACUUCAAAAACAUGUGGAAAUAUCCCAAGGAGUUUUCCAUGGAUGCGCUCGAAAAUGUGACAUUUGAUCGAUUGCGCGUACUAUUUUCUCCCGGUACCUUCGGAGGAAGUGGCUCGGAUUAUUUGGAUAAUAGCUUUGCUUAUCGCGCGCACGGUGAUGUGCACACGGGAGAUGGUAAAGUCUUUCGUAAAAAUUCGCGCUCGAGGAUGACUCAAAUCUUGGAGGCGCCGCCAACGGCCACAAACCAGAGCUCGUGUUACAAACAAUACACGAUUUCAGGCCUAUCUUUAGAAGCCGUCUCUCUCGGCACGUGCGCUCAAGUUUCAGAGGUUGAAGUAAACGGGAUCAAAUUUACCGGCACUGCCAUGCCCUCCUAUCAAAUGGAUGGUUCGAAGAUUGAACAGAACGUCGUGCAAGUGUCUGCGACAUCAUCUAUUGUAGAGACUGUAGCGCAAACUCCCGCAUCAAGUAGCCAGUGCCCAAUUUCCCCAGACUCCGGUGAUGAUGGCUAUGUUGAUUCUUAUCGCGGCUGGUACGACGCUUCCGGGUGCGGCAUUUGCCAAGAUUAUUGCAGAUGGGUAGGAAAUUCCGGAUCUGGUGGUGAUCCGUCGCUGAAAACUACGUACGAAUACUCUUAUUGGUCGUGCAGAAAGGCGGGCGGCUCUGGUUCAUACCCGGGAACAAAUACGAAGGACAUCUGUCCGGAUUCAUCGAUAAACUAUAGAACAACAGGUGGGUGCGGAACUGACAGAUAUACCGCUCGCGGUUAUUAUGGGGGUUUCUUCCCACACACAAAAUGCUCGGGACAAGGCGCGGAAUCUCCCACGUGGUCAAACAAUGAAGUCGAAACGAGUGUGGAUUAUAUCGUCGCUCACCAGUCGUCUACGAGUUGGUGCUAUUUGCUGCGAUUCAACAUCUCGCACUUGGACGGAAACUGCGUUUAUCAACCAAUUGGAGCUAAAGUUGCGUAUUCAAACGCGGAUUCCUCGACUUGCAGAACUAAAAGUGAUAUAAUUAAUCAUUGGGAGAGCACGACGCGCGAUGUAACUUUAGCCACCAAUACAUCCUCUGUUGGAUACGAGCGACAUUCUGGAAAAUGCGUGAUUGGAAACACGAUAUCGACAUUUACCGAUUUAUCCCUCGUACAAUGCACGGCAAAGUGUACGGAAAGUUUGGAGUGUCUCGCGGUCUCAUUUCUGGCUUCUGCGCAAGACGCCGAAACGCUGUUGGCGAUUGAAGAAAUUAUCAGUAAUAAUCCAUUUGGCGUGGCAUUUGACAGUGAAGAUGUGACGAGAUUUGGAACUUGCGAGUUGAAAAGUGCAUCCGAUUAUGCAGAUUGUGAUGACGAUUCGUCUUCGUCUGACUUUAACGGCGACGGUUUAUAUGUGAAAUUGGCGUCUUCCUUGCUUUCUGAAGGCAUGGGCGUUGAAACGUUGCAUUACGGGAUUUGCCCCGUUCCGUCGAGCCUGGCGUUCGACGGCGGAUUAUACAUGCCCACUCAAAAGCCCACGUGCGGUGGAAACGCAGACGGUGCUCCUUGCUACUUAUCUUACACUGAUGACCCGAUGAGCGAAGAUUUACUUAAUACCCAGUGUUUUAUACCAAUUAACGAGGACAGAAGAAUUUGUUAUACCUCGGCAGACAGGAGUCGUUGGGGAUAUUGCGACUGUAGUCUCGACAGUCAAUGGUCGAGACCUUUCGGGAAAUGGGAGGUUUUGCACAACUCAAAGUUCAGGGAGAGCGACGUUAUUUUACUCACGGACGAUUUGCACGCACCGCUCGAUGGGAUAGCCUGCUCAAAUGGACGUAACGAUGGGCAAGAAGACGCAGGAUUUCAUUGCAAGUUCAGAGCGAAUACGACGCUCUGCUUACAAUCAGAAAAAUAUGGCGAAUGGCAUGAAUGGUAUGGAUUCGAUGUGUCGAAAAAUUUUUAUGAGACUGAAAAAACAACCGGUUGGUAUGCAGAAGAAGUACUUAAGGAGAUGCACCCAGAAUCAAUGAUUGAAGUGGUGUGCGAUAUUGGUGAGGUGCUCACCGGGAUCGCGGUAACCGAAAAGCCCAGCCAUGGAUUAGUCCCGCGGUGCGGUGUACCGGCUUCCACAUGGGAAGUGGAUACCGACUGUAUUUAUGAUACCAGAGAUAUGAGCUCCAUGAACAAUACUCUCAACGCUACGCGCUGCCAUUACUCGAGCAUCAAAUACUAUAGAUCGGAAAGCGAUGCCGAUUACACACCAUGUCCGGAUGGUGAAGUUGCUAUUGGUUUUUUUUGGAACGCUAAAGAUUUAACUUACGAUCAGUGGAGAGCUGAGACCUCAGCGAACGAUGUAUACGACAAUAUGGAAAGCAAGAAUGAACACGUUGAUCGUUCAAGAGCAGCCUACGCAGGAGCUCCGGUUCGCGACGGGAUGUACGAUUACGCAUGGAGUUCAGACGGAGCGAGCGAAAUUAUGCUCAUUUGCUCGAAUGUUAGAGCUACUUCGGACCAUGUCGCGAUACGCGAAGUUUUUGAUCAGACAUGCUCAUCUCUUGAAUGCGACGGUGGAUUUGAAACCGUUACGGGUCAAAAUAGUUUGAGCGAAUGUGGCGAUCGUUGCGACUCAACUCCAACAUGCCGUGCAGUUGAAUUUAAGCCUUUGUCGGGAAUAUGUAUACUGCAUAAAGGGGACUGUUCAGAAUCCGACAGAUUUGGUAGAGAUGUAACGAAUGGACCUUCAGAGUGGUACUACGUGGACGCCGAAUACGGUAAGACAACUCCGUACACGUCAGUUGAAUACGAUCAUCCAGUAGAGCUGAACGCUCUGCAAGCGUUCGCUGUGAGUUCAAUGGAGUCUGAAUUUUAUCUUAAGAAGAAUUAUUACAGUUGGAGAGGCACGCCUUGGACCACUUGCUCGCAGCCGUGCGGAACUGGUAUUCAAAGUCGGUACGUUUACUGUGGUUCUCCCCCUGGUACGGAAUCUGAAGAAGCAGAUGGAAGUGAUCCAAUCUAUAUCUACAAUAAAAUCACCGCUGGUUGCAUUCCUCCAGAUAGGAACAUUGAGAAUGCCAGAUUCGGUGAUAUGACACCUCGCGCCUGCGAACUGCUUUGUAACGAAAACAUAGAUUGCUACUCGUUUGAGUUUGGGGUCUAUCACGGGGGUUCUGGAAAUGCAAUCCAAGAAAAUGACUGCAUUUUGAAGAACGUAUCACCUUCUGAAAUCGUCGAUACCUCUGGUUGCGACGAGACUAUUUCUGGAGAGAACGAGAGUGGCUAUCGCGGUUGCCAAAGUAAAACGGUAGACGGAAUUACAUGCCAAGCCUGGGACAGUCAAACGCCUCACUGGCACGCUUCAACUCCCAUAAAUAUGCCUGGAACAGGUUUGGGUAAUCACAAUUAUUGUCGCAAUCCGGAUAACGACCCUGGGGGGGUGUGGUGUUUUACAACUGACCCUGAUCAGCGCUGGGCGUAUUGCGACCCGCUCAGAGAUGAUGAAGUGUGCAGUGGUGCCGAGCAAAACACCGAUCUAUACGUAAAAACAGAAAUUACUGGACUGAACAAAUCUGCCCUUUCUAACAGAGUGCCGGAGGAGCUUUGUAAUGACAUUCCGAAGAUUGAAGAAGUUCAACAUUGUAACGUCUUUCACUGCGACUUACAGUGCCGUUUGGAUUCUGGUCGCACGGCGUGUGCCCUUUAUGAGAACGACCCUAGGCGGAGAUCAUCUAUGAUUGGCGUGCGCCGAAUGACUUGUGAAAUGCACGGUUGCUGUUUCCUGGCGAAUCCUGUAGUCGCGAAUGAAACUACCGGAGCCGGGCUGUACACGAAAGAAAAGGAAUGCUACCAACAGCCACUCACGAAUUACCCGGAAUGGUUCUCUUUGCCGUUUGACUCGUGUUCUCGAGACUGCCACGAUGGUGAUAGCGCAAACGUCAUAGAUAAGAACGCUCCAGGUGCGGAAGUGUAUCCUACGCGAUAUCGCGAAAAUAUUUGCAUUUACACAAACGGAAGCGUCGCGAGUGACAUUUUAUGCGGUGAGCCUCCUGUCAAUGCUGCAACGUGCAACAUGUAUGAGUAUUGCACUGAAACGGGAUGCGGACCGAGCGGUUGCGGAGAUAAUGGUAGUUGCGAGCGCGUGUAUUAUUCACAAAUUGAUACGAGGCUCUUUACCGAGACUUGCGUUUGCGAUGUUGGAUGGUCCGGUGCUACUUGCAAUAUGCGCGAUCCUGUAUGCUUCGUGAAUCCGAAUGAUGGUAACGGAACGUGGGUUACUGGUUCCUGGGGCGCGUGUGGUCCCACAACACCGCGGUCACAAGAUGCCAUUUGCACCGAAGGCGAGAAUCCCACGUGCUCUGAAUCAGGAACGAAAACACGAAACGUUAAAUGCAGCUGCUUCGGCACGUGUAAAAAUGUAGACAAGCCGAAUGCUAGUUUGAGUUGCACGUAUGAAUACGCAAAACACGUUUCAAAAAGUGUAUUUGGUAAUUUGCUUCCGUACAGAAACUGGAUACCGAAGGAAUUUCCUGACAUUGAUAUUAUGAGUCACUUUGUGAUGAUGGAAAACCGCGAAGGGAUAGCGUCGUCGGGAGGUUUCAGUGCAAUGGGUGUCGAAGAUUGCCUGGCAGGUUGUAUUGGUACCCCAGCUUGUCCCGGAGCUAUAUACGUUGGGAAUUCUUUUUUCGGGCAGUGCAACUUUCUCGAGAAAAGGCAUUUUGAAAUGGGACAUUUGACGCGAGGUGGGUCGAGUCAGGCAGGCUGCAGCUGCGGCGGCAAAAAGAAAGGCAAAUCGCACGUGUUCAUGCGGCGCGGAUUUUUGCACAACUACAAUCGCCCCGAACUCCUAGAGAAAGUACUUCUGGCGACGGAAAAUAUGAAUGAAGAUGGAACAAACGCCACAUGGACGACCGAAUUAUCGGAGGCUGUAGUUUUUGCAAACGAGCAAAUCAGUAAACGGUUAACUGCGAUUCCUCUCGACGAUGAUAUUUACGAGUGGAUAAACAACGUUACCGGCCAAACCUCGGGCACUUUCACGCCUACGUCGCAAAAUGUGCCUCUGCGAACGUCUUUGUAUAGUUUGGCAUUCCCGGUUCAUCCGUUUGUGUUGAGACACGUUCGCGUGUUACGGAAUUACCUGUCGUCGGAGCAUGAUGUUGAUAAUUUGGCUGAACUUAUUCUAGCUAUUGCCUUUAGAUACAGGAAUUUUCCGUCUAUACUCAACGCUACCUCUGAUAUUUUGAAUGAUCAAGUUCAAGACGACGACGAGCUUUACUUGCAAUGCAAACUCGCUUCUGCCCUCAGAGGCGAGGGUGGAAUAAUUGGAUCUGCGAAAUUUCCAACGGCGCACGAUCCCAAACCGAGUCCUCUUGCCGCUCUUGACAAUCUUUUGAAGAGCGCAGCUCAAGCGCCACUCGACUUUUCUCUUUCAACUGCGCCGUGGCCAUUACUUGCGACUUUGCAAACUGCACAUUUUAGCGCGCGUGAGUGCGACUACGUUCGAAGGCAUCCCAAUGGGAUCACGACGUGGUACAACAAGGCUCGAGACAGGAAAGAAACUCGAUGCAGAGAAUCCAAUUGGCGUCCUGACUCUCUUCCUCGAAUCAGUCAAGACGGUGGCCAAUGCGUUCAGCAAGCUCAUUUGUGGGUAGGAUAUAAAUCAUGCUUGGGAGCUCCAGCUGAUACAGUGACUCAGCCAAAACACAGAGCGGCAUAUGGCUUCAACGAACGUGGAGGGAAAUGGAAACCUACCAGAUUCAAUUGGAUUCAAAAAGGUUACGAGACAACCUCGCAGUUUACUUUACAGACGGACGACGUCGCUGGCGUUAUAUCUAGUGCAGUUGUUCCGUUCGAAUCAAUUGAAUCGAUCACAAACGGUAUAAAUUUAGGACUAUCGUCUUACAUUGAUGUGCGCCUGGCAUUACAUCUCUUCCGCAACGUGUACACGCACGCAGGAACGCAAAUAUUGACGCGAGUCGCAGCUUUACUGCUCGCCGCAUUGAAGCGCAAUCCUCACAACAUUGAAGGAUGGCAAAUGCUGCAAUAUCACGUGUCGCUCGGAAAUCUUCAAACCCACGUAUACUCAGACUAUGACUUUUUUGCAGAAAUGUACACGGUCAUGCGACCGUACGCGAAAACUUACCCGCAUCUUUUUAAGAGGAACCUUGAAAUCAUAGUCGAAGGCGAUCGAUUUGAUUGCUACAUAGAUGCUGAUAACAUCACAACCGAUAACGAUGGUAAUAAAGUUUUUACGCCAAAUGCUACGAAUCCGUGGUUAUUUUUGAAAUCAGAAAUGAAUGAUAUUACCGGCGGCAUUCCAGAUGUAACUAGGUUUACUCCAGUCCCGAGGGACUUUAAAUUUGACAACGGAGACCCUUACCAAUUUAUCGCGGCAGCGUGCUACUUUGUGGCAACGUGGCCGUGUAAUCCUCACAAUCCGAAAAUCUUGGAGGUGAGUGGCGCUGACUUAGGAUUUGGUACGAUCGAGUACGCGUACAAAAGUCUCAACGCACUCAUCGCAUUUGGCUGGAAUCAAGAUGAAGAAAACUGGUUUCGUAAUUUCUGGGAAGGUAAGUUCGAAGCCGGUAAUGAAAAAAUCGCGAGUUCUGUAGUGGACACGAAUCGAACAUCAUUCGCAUGCUCGAACGGUUGUGGUGAUGCAAAGAAGUUCAAGAAUUUGUUCAAUCUACUGUUUACCGGACAGGGAUUUAAAUGCGACGGCGAGAAAGUUACACUUCCUCCGCUCGCUGGUUCUGACAUUGAAGCGAAUCUGGACUUCAUCAUUUUGGAUUUGAUGCCGCAAUUGCCGUUUGGUCACGCACCUUCUCCAUUCAGUUCAGACUGUGGCGCUGUUGAUCCAAACAGCGGCGGGGCAGAAAGUGGAGUAGUUGGAGACCUUUGGUUAUCGUAUAAGGUGCGUAACGAAAUCAGCUUCAGGAAGAGUCAAGAAUUAAUCAAUGAAUACGUCAUGUUCGAGUUUAACAUGCUAGGUGAAGUUGACAAAAUGGCUGCAUGGUCGACAGCCAUGAAUGCGCGUCUUCGCGAUCCUCUCAAGCUUUUGGAGCAAAAAGCCCUCGCAUAUGAUAGUGAAGACGGCUUUGAAAACUUUCGGAAUUGUUUGGAACUUGAAGGACGUAGAAAGAAGCGUCUCUCUCGUCGCCGUGGGUUAUUGAGCUGGAUUUUUGAAAACGACGCUCCCGCUGCUGAAGAAGAUAGUUCUAUCAAUGCGGACGUCGUUAUGAUGAGCUCAACUGGUCGUUCAUUACUGGAUGCUCAUUCUGGGGACACUUUGAACUUGGCCGACACCGAUAGCGACGAAGAUGCGGCCAUUAGCGCCUACGGAAAACUGAAUUUGUUAGCCAUGGAAGAAGAUACGUGGGAUUUCAAAACGGAACAAUCGGGUUUGAAAGAUUCUGCACCUUUGAUUUCACAGUUGACUUUCAAUCCUCCAUCGGACAUUUCGAGCAUUCAGCUUAAUCCGGAGGGAAUGAUUCAAAACGGUUGCGAGCCCGGUUGCGAGUCUUGUCCGUUUCAAGUGGAUGUCGACACGGACGGAUCGAACAAAUUUAAAAUCGGCACUCUCGUAUCGCCGAAGGUGCGAGUCACGAGAGGAAGCACUUACACUUUCAACUCAACCACCGUUAUGCAUACGUUUCGAAUUUCAAAAACAAUCGACGGUACGCACGGAUCUUCUGCCGAGGAGGAAGGUCGUCAAUACACCGAAGGGUACGAUUACGAUUUCGAAACUGGAUUGGUGACAUUCACGCCGGGAGACGAGGCGCCUGACGUUUUGUAUUAUUACUCUGGUGCAUCGGCUAAUAUGGGCGGUAUAAUUGAAGUAGUCUCAGAAAUGGAAACUGAAAUCUUUUCAAAUAUGAAUGACCGAAACCCUAUAUUCGGUGCAAACUACGCGAUUUCAAAAUGCGCACAGUGUUUCCCGGGUUUUGAAUUGAACCCAUUGACGCGUUCUUGUUCCAGAAGUGGAACCGCUUCGGAUUUGAACGAAACCGUGAGCUUCGACGCAAGCUUCUCGCCGCCGCCGCCUUCCCCCCCUCCUUCACCGCCGCCGAGUCCAGCUCCACCUCCGCCGUCACCACCGCCACCCCCCUUGCCACCACCAACUCCUCCGCCGCCAUCACCGUCGCCUCCGCCGUCGCCUCCGCCGCCAAUUCCACCGCCGUCGCCACCGCCAUUGCCUCCACCGUCGCCACCACCGCCGCCAUCCCCACCGCCGACGCCGUGUGUCAAGGAUGACGGCGACAUAUCCGAUUGUCCAAGUCCGCCACCACUUCCUCCUUUACCCCCUCCUUCCCCUCCUCCGCCGAGCCCGCCGCGUCCUUCCCCUCCACCAAAACCGCCCCCAUCGCCUCCACCGUCACCUCCCCCAUCUCCCCCACCGCUUCCUCAUUUACCACCUGUGCCUCCUUCUCCUUCGCCUCCUUUACCUCCUCCACCGGACUCACCUUCAUCGCCUCCGCGCACUGUUAACGUGGAUCUUUUAUCUGAAAGAAGAUCGCUCUUUGGAAUACCUCGAGUUGAUCCCCGAACGGGUGAAAAGUAUACCGGCCAAUUUGCACUCAGCGAAGAUUACGUUGCUAUGCUCGUCGGUCAAGCUUUGCCGGGAAUCAUCAUCGCCGCGAUUGCUUUGGCACUUUUGGGCGUCAUGGUCUUUCUCGUUGUCUUGCUCCUGGUAACCAAGAUUGCUGGCGUUUGCUUUGAGCGCUGUAAUAAUUUCUUAAAACCAAAGCCAUUCACUUUAAAGCAGCAACAAAACGCGCAAAAGACGAUGAUUGGAUUUGGAAUUAUUGGAUGCAUCGGUUGCUUGAUCGUGUUUUCGCAAGGAUUAUCCAUCCAAAAUGGAAUGCAGGAUCUCACGAAUACUUUGAUGGACUCUACUUCUGAUUUGAAAAACCAGACGAACGCUGUUUUGAACGCACUGAACGUUUCCAAGAGCCAAGAUGAACUCGCUGUUGUCACGAGAUUUGUCAACAAUUUGAACAAAGACGUCGUACAAAUUGUCGAUAAAGUCGAUUCGAAGCGAUCGGAACUCGACGGGUACAUGCAACAGGCACAAGCGUUUGUCGAAAGCGUAUCUGUUAUGUUGUUUAUUCUUGCAGCUGGUGUCGUAUGGGCGACGUUGAAACAGAAAGUAAUGUUGACUUUAAUUCUCGGAGCUCUUUUAUCGUUAUCCAUGAUUCUUUCUUGGUUGGUUUGGGGUUCUUUAACCGUAGUUGGCGUUGCCCUCGAUGAUAUGUGUUGGAGUAUGGAUAUGUGGAACGUGAACAAGACGCACGCAGAUAUCACCAACGAUGUGAUUCCUUGCAUGAAUCCUGGAGAUGCGGUUUACUCCAUGAAUGUGCUGCGAUACGAAGUGUAUAAGAACAUUGUUGACAUGAACGAUAAAUUAACAGCGAAAGACGAGACGUUUUGUACGGAAUUUUAUCCAGUACCAGAGCGAGAAGUUUGCGAAAACCACGGGGGUAUGGGCGCGAGCGGCUCGUUUGGAAGCACCGUGUGUAACGCCAGAGAAAGCGGAUAUCUCGGCUCGAACACUACUUUCGUAUUGCCUGAUACCGAGAUGGAAAGUGGAGAUACUCUGUGUGAAGACAACUUGUUGAACAGACGAAUGUUGUUGCAAAGAUCCAGUGAUCGCAUGACGAUACAAUCGAAUUUUGAUUUCGAAGAGGAAAUAAGGAAGUGCAGCUCAUAUGGAUCCAAUUGUGUUUCUGAUGUGUAUGGUCCCAUCGAGGAUUGGGACGUGAGUUUGAUCACGAACAUGGACUAUGCUUUUCGGUACAAAUACUAUUUAAACGCCGAUCUUUCAAAGUGGGACGUCUCGAGCGUGACGAGUAUGAAAGGAAUGUUCACGUACUGCUAUAAUUUCAACUCAGACUUGAGUUCCUGGGAUGUGUCGAGCGUCAGAAAUAUGUACGAAAUGUUUCGAGGAGCGAGAACAUUCAACAGAGACCUGAGGAAGUGGGAUACUUCGCAAGUAACUGAUAUGGGAUACACGUUUGCAGAAGCUAAGAAAUUUAAUGGGGAUGUAUCGACGUGGGAUACUUCGCAAGUGACGAGCAUGUAUCAAAUGUUUUAUCGAGCGGAAAAGUUUGAUCGACCCAUUGGCUCUUGGAAAACCUCUGCUGUGAAAAAGAUGGACUACAUGUUCGGACAUGCUUUGGAUUUCAAUCAAAAUAUUGGGGGUUGGGACACCUCUCAAGUGACGUCAAUGACGUCUAUGUUUGAAAGCUGUCCGGGAUUCAACGGCGAUAUCAGUGAAUGGGAUGUCUCUAAAGUUUCUUCUUUCCGAUACAUGUUCCGAUACGCCGUCUCGUUCAACCAGAAUAUCACACACUGGGAUUAUUCGGGCAGGUACAAUACAUGGUAUUCGAAUAGUAUGCUCCAAGGAGCAACCAGAUUUCACGAGCGAUUUGCGUGUGAAAGUACGAAUCCACCAGAUUCAUCCUCGUGCACUACCGUCAAAACCACUUGGUCAGCGCCGUCACCACCUCCAAAUGCUCCGCCGCUUCCCCCUCCGUCACCUCCGCCCGCUUUACCGACUCCUCCUCCUCCGUCACCGCCACCCAUCGUCCCAGUCACGACGACAAGCUAUUAUUCAUUCAAAAAUCUUGUAGCUUCAUGUCUUCAAGAAGAUGAAGUGUAUGGCAUGUGUCAUAGUUUCGUUGAAGGACCAAUGCCACUUUGGGACGUUUCUGCGGUGACGACUAUGAGACAAGCUUUCGAAUAUAAACGUUCAUUCAGAGGGGAUCUCUCGAAAUGGAAUACUUCAUUGGUCACUGAUAUGUCCUUUAUGUUUCGUGACGCAAAUGUAUUUGAUUCAGACAUAAGCGCCUGGGACGUUUCUUCCGUAACGAGUAUGGAUUCAAUGCUAAAGAACGCAAAUAACUUCGUUUGCGAUAUUACUCGAUGGUACACACCAUCGCUUGCAUCGGAAAAUGCAAGGUCGAUGUUUUUAGGCGCAAAGAAUUGGGAAAAAAUAUUCGUGAGACAACACGGCUUCAGACAGAAUACAGAAAGUGAAAGUACCGAUAUCGUAACUUCAGCAAUCUUGACCGAUCACUCCGACGGUCCUGCGAGUAUGUGGGAGUAUAAAUAUGAACCUCCUCCGCCUCCGCCUCCGGCGCUGCACAUAAUGGAUUCAAAUUUUAUUCCAUUGAUUGAUGAUUGCUUGGCGCUGCGACCGGAAGACGGUAUUUGUGAAGGUACGCAGUUCGGGGACAUGCGGUAUUGGGACGUCUCGCGGGUCACGAAUAUGGCCAGGGCAUUCAAUGGGUUUUCACUUUUUAAUGCGGACAUAUCGCGCUGGAAUACCUCGAGCGUCACGAACAUGGAGCGCAUGUUUUCGGGAGCGAAGAAGUUUGAUCAAGACAUUACAUCGUGGGAUGUAUCUGAAGUAGGUAGUAUGGUUGCGAUGUUUUACGGCGCUACCACGUUCAACAAAGAUAUCACGGGAUGGGAAACGUUGUCGUACGUCUCUACUAUGAGCAUGUUCCGUAAUGCGGAAACCUGGCUCUCCGGGUGCAUCCGGGGUAAAGGUGGCUCUUCUACCAUUGGUAACCGCCUCGCCUACGGCCCACCAAAAAUGUGGGAGUGUACAUUUCCACCCGCUCCGCCCCCAUCGCCGCCGUCACCACCACCGCAGCCCUCUCCUCCUCCAUUGCCACCCAGUCCUCCGCCGUAUAUCGCCCCGCUUACUGACAGAAACUUUUACAGGCACGUCGAAGCGUGCUUAUCGUAUGAUCCUAUCCUUGGUAAGUGCUUUGCAAGCGAUUACGGGGAAAUAGCAUCGUGGGAUGUCAGUAAGGUGACGUUCAUGGGUGGGUUGUUCAUGGAUCGACACAGUUUUAACGCCGAAAUACAAGGCUGGGACGUUUCCGCAGUAACGAGCAUGGAUAGAAUGUUUUUGAACGCAUACAACUUUAAUCGUGACAUAGGUGAAUGGAACGUUGGAAACGUUCGCGACAUGAACCAAAUGUUUAGACACGCCGUCAACUUUGAUAAAAAAUUGUCCAAUUGGGAUGUUAGGAAUCUCAUAAAUGCGCAGAUGAUGUUCAUGCACGCCGAAAAGUUCACGAAUGGAAUGUCCGGAGCUCUGAAUAACACUUGGGAGACUUCAGUAAACAUUAAAUUUAAAAGCCAUUGCUUAGUCGGUGCAAAGAAAUGGCACGAGACGUACCAAUCUUUGAUUGGGAGCGGUCCAACGGCGGAUAAAAUAUUAGUCCCUUGGGGUCCGAUAUGGCCCCCUAGUGGUUAUGUUUCCGGAAGUAAAACAGAAAUUACCAAUGACGUUCAGUUCAGACUUGCAGUUCAAGAUUGUAUGAUCAAGGAACCUACGCUGGGAGCUUGCUGGGAAUCUGAAUAUGGUCCAGCUCCGCUUUGGAAUACGAGUUUAGUCACGGACAUGUCCAAUGCUUUCAGAAAUAAGGAACAGUCGAAUUGGAUGGUAAGCGCGUGGGACACGAGUCGGGUGACGAGCAUGUCAGAGAUGUUCAAAAACGCCAAAGUCUUUAGUUUUGACAUCUCGCGCUGGAAUAUCUCCCAAGUUACCGACAUGACCAGAAUGUUUGACGGCGCAGCGAAAUUCAAUCAAAACAUAGGCACUUGGGAUACGUCAAAAGUGAAGAGUAUGGUCGGAAUGCUAGCCAACACGGCAUAUUUCGAUAGGGAGCUUAGAAAUUGGGACACGUCGUCUGUCACUAGCAUGGAAGAAAUGUUCAGAAAUGCGAAAAACGUUAAUCAAUUUAUUGAUAGCUGGGACACGUCAUCAGUUACCAGUAUGAGAUUAAUGUUUUCUGGUACUUCAAGCUUUAACCAGAUUCUUGGGAAUUGGGACACGUCUAGGGUUUCUAAUAUGAAUGGCAUGUUUUGGGGAGCAACUCAGUUCAAUCGAGAUGUUGAGGGUUGGGAUACGUCCUCCGUGACCUCGAUGACAUCAAUGUUUGAUUCCGCUUCUGCGUUCAACCAAGGCAUUGGGAGUUGGAACACAGAAAAAGUGACUUCUAUGGGAGGAAUGUUUGAUUCCGCUUCUGCGUUCAACCAAGCCAUUGGGAGUUGGAACACAGCAAAAGUGACUGAUAUGAAUACGAUGUUUCGGUCCGCUUCUGCGUUCAACCAAGACAUUGGGAGUUGGAACACAGAAAAAGUGACUGAUAUGAGAUAUAUGUUUUAUUACGCUUCUGCGUUCAACCAAGACAUUGGGAGUUGGAACACAGGGAAAGUGACUACUAUGUAUUAUAUGUUUGAUUCCGCUUCUGCGUUCAACCAAGACAUUGGGAGUUGGAACACAGCGCAAGUGACUGAUAUGGGAUUUAUGUUUGAGUCCGCUUCUGCGUUCAACCAAGACAUUGGGAGUUGGAACACAGAAAAAGUGACUGAUAUGAGAUAUAUGUUUUAUUACGCUUCUGCGUUCAACCAAGACAUUGGGAGUUGGAACACAGCGCAAGUGACUGAUAUGGAUUCUAUGUUUCGUUCCGCUUCUUCGUUCAACCAAGACAUUGGGAGUUGGAACACAGCGCAAGUGACUGAUAUGGGAUCUAUGUUUCAAUACGCUUCUGCGUUCAAUCAACCGAUAGGCAGUUGGGACACUGAUAAAGUAAGGUAUACAAGAUACAUGUUUUAUCACGCGGCUGAGUUCAACCAAGACAUUGGGAGUUGGACAUUUCCAUCAAUAUCUUCCUCUUACUACAGUUCAAAUAUGUUUUACUACGCCAAUGCAUUUAAAGCUAAGUAUGGCUGCGGGAAUUCAGAUCUCCCAAGUACGUGCACCACGGUUUUGGCUACCUGGGUUGCACCCUCCCCGCCGCCCCCAUCCCCACCCCCACCUCCUUCUCCACCUCCUCUUCCCUCCCCUCCACCGCAACCUCCUUCACCUCCACCCAGCCCACCUCCUUCUCCUCCACCUCCUUCCCCACCACCCUCUCCACCCGCUCCGCCCCCUCCCCCUUCUCCUCCCCCGUCAGACCCAAUACCUAGUGGUACUCUAAAAACUGCCGUCGACGAGUGUUUGAAAACAAAUCCAGUGGACGGACUUUGCUAUGAUUUAAAAGUUAAUGGAGUAUCGUAUGGCGCCAUGCCUUAUUGGGACACGAGUCAGGUAACCUCUAUGAAAUAUUUGUUUGCGAGCAAGGUAGACUUCAAUGCGGAUAUAUCGGGAUGGGAUACUUCGCUAAAUAGAAAACUUUGGGGAACUUUUCAUGGCGCGCAGAAUUUUAAUCAAGAUCUCUCCAAAUGGGACACAAGCAAGGUCGACGACUUUGACGUUGUGUUCAAUGGAGCGACGAAAUUUACGCAGGACGUAUCGAGCUGGGGUUGGAGCUGCGAAAGAUUGAUCUGGGGGUCUAGUAUGUACCAAAAUUCUGGUGCUCCUUGUUUUAAAUGCAGCUCAGGCGUGUUCGAAUCGUGUUCUACGGGAAGACGAAGAAUGCUCCAGUCCUCGGACGACGCACCGCCCAUCACGGACGAGUCAUUCUCAGGACUCAUCUCCAAAUGCCUCGCAGUUGCGCCCACAGAUGGCAGAUGUGGAGAGGAAAACGAGCAUGGUGACAUGUCGAUAUGGAACGUUUCUCUCGUUAAAGAUAUGACGGCUGCUUUCAAAGAUAAAUCAAAUUUCAACGCAGAUUUGACUCUGUGGAAUGUGUUCCAAGUCACCUCGAUGGAAGAAAUGUUUUCUGGGGCAUCGGCAUUCAACAGUGACAUCAUUGGCUGGGAUACGAGUGAAGUGGUCAACAUGGACUCGAUGUUUAUGGACGCGACAGAAUUCAACGCGGACAUCACGGCUUGGAACACCUCGUCCCUCACCAGCAGCGCCGGAAUGUUUUCAGGGGCGACUGCGUUUGCUGACGCUUGUGUGAAGAUCACGACGGGAAGUUCCAGCAGCGAUGGUCCACCCUCAGCGUGGGAUUGCUACGUCGCUCUCCCGCUCGACGAUGAAGUCAUUAACGAAGCUGUGAUUCAGUGCCUCCAAGCGUCACCAAUAUUAGGUGAGUGCGCAUGGAGCGCGACUGUGAAUCCGUACGGACCCAUGCGCGAGUGGAACGUUUCCUCUGUGACUGAUUUCUCCGGUUUAUUCUCCGGUCCAUUCAACGGUGAUAUAUCCUCAUGGGAUACGAGUUCGGCAAAAACAAUGAGUGCCAUGUUUCAAGACGCCUUUGACUUCAACAACGACAUCUCGUCAUGGGAUGUAUCGCAAGUCACGAGCAUGGACGGCAUGUUUGAUGGCGCCCGCUCGUUCAACCAGGACUUAUCAUUAUGGAACGUCACUAGUGCAACUACAAUGGAUGUAAUGUUUAGGAACGCGGUUUCAUUUGAUGUGGAUGUGACGUCUUGGUGCUUGUUGGAUGAUGCUGACGCUACUUUACCGUGUACACAUAUGAGGGCGGAUGAAAUGUUUUCAGGCGCCACGGCUUUUGGAGAGAAAUUUUACUGGGUUGGUCUCGCAGAAGAAGCAGGGAACGGGAACGGACCUGCCGUGAAUUGGGAUUUGAGGGGAGACUCACCCUCUCCUCCUCCUGUUCCGCCGUCUCCACCGCCUCGACCGCCUCGACCGCCUUCGCCGCCCCCGCCGCCUUCGCCGCCUCCUUCGCCACCUUCGCCCCCUCCUCUCGCUGCGUUUCCUCCGGCGCCUCCUCCUCCACCCGAUGUGCCGGAAAGACCGGUGGAAAUUCUCCCUGUCUUUUUGAUGCGAGCUGCGUGUGCCGGCGGUAGAGCUGGUAACGAGUGCCCGGGUUACGAAAAGACGUACAACUACAUUGGAAAAUUUGAGGACGAAAUUGGAAAAUGCAGCGACGCCGAAGACGAGUGUGCAGAGUACUUGGACGACAAGCGCAUGAUUAAAUCGAACGUUUACGAUGAAAUCAAAGAAUACGCAAUCGUCGCGCGAACCUUGUCUGCCGCUCUACCGGACACAUACGCCAUCACAACGUGCGAAUUUGUGCAAAAAGCGUUCGCCGAUGCGAAACCAGGGUGCGAAGACACUAUGAAAUCGAUUAAAAUUCUGUUCGUCGGCACGACGCUCAUUUCGGUCGCUUUCUUUAGCAUGUGGGUCGUCUUUAUCGUCGUGCUUUCUCGAUUAUUAAACAAAGAUCGGUUGCUCGAUUCUUCUGACGGGGAGAAAACGAAUAUCGAAACGAAGAAAGAGGUUGGCGAAGACGCUCUUUAA